AUGUCCGAUCUACAGCCUCACUAUAGACUCACAGAGGAGCAGAAGCGGCACUGGCUUGAUCAUGGCUUUCUCAAAGUGCCCCAAUGCUUUACUCGUGAAGCGGCAGCGGAAUUUACCUCGUCGGUUUGGACGCGUCUGGGAGUGUCUUCCACUGAUAAAACAACCUGGACCAAGGAGAAGGUGAACAUGCCCGGUCACACGAUGAUCAGCGUGGAGAGCUUUGCCCCCAAAGCUUGGGAUGCCAUCUGUGAGCUCGUUGGUGGAGCGGAGCGGGUAGCUGACUGGUGCAAACACUGGAAAGAUGCUUGGAUCGUGAAUAUGGGAAAGCCGGAAUAUAAUUCAGAGGAUAAUUUGGAUCUUCGAUCUUUGACAGAUUGGCACAAUGAUGGCGACUGGUUUGUUCAUUUCCUGGAUAGCCCCGAGCAAGCAUUGUUGGUUAUCCCACUGUUCAGCGAUAUACAGUACAAAGGUGGCGGAACGGCAAUUUGCACGGAUGGUAUUGGACUAGUGGCACAAUAUAUGUAUGACCACCCUGAGGGGACAUGGCCAUCUCUUGCCUCUCAUCAUGUUCCGAAUACCCCCAACAAGGAACCAAAUCUUUGGUAUAAAUGGGCGCAGUCUCCAACGGAUACGAGGGACAAUUCUUUUCAUGAGGCUACUGGAGAAGUGGGGGAUGUAUUUCUUCUCCAUCCAUUCAUGCUGCACUCGGCUUCUCGGAACCUGCGACGCGAUAUUCGAAUUAUCACCAACCCACCGGUGGCUCUGAAAGAGCCUUUCAAUUUCAACCGUGCAGAUGGUAAGUAUAGUCUGGUGGAGCAAAAGACCCUGAGAGAUUUGGGUCGGCCCGAGGGCCUUCCAGAAUGGAAGAUAACGGGCGCAAGGGAGCUGAUCACUCCUCACCGAAUAAAUAUUCAAGCACAGAUGGCCAGCGAGGAAUCGGAACGGUUGAAACGAUCAGGCGAACCUAUCACCAAGCUAGCUAGUGCUCAAUGUGUGGAGUACUAUCCGUCAUAA